UGAUGUUUCUAUUAUACACCAAAUUCCUUUCUUUUUUAGCUACAAAUUAAAGUUGUUAAAUGUUUUAGUCCUAACAUCUUUCCACUGCUACAAAAAUUUGAUCAUUCUGCAGCAUAUAUAUCUAUAUCUAUUACUUGAGUAAAAAAAAGAAAACAAUAUUAAUUGUCCUUGUGAUGAAUCUGAUAUGUGAGUUGAGUUAAAUAGGUUAGAAUUUUCAUGAUUUGAAUUUAAAAUUUUGAGCUUCUCUGAGUGAAUUUGUACAUCAAAAGAGUAGCUGGUUCAGACACUCACUCAGACUAUAUCUUCAUUUCGGCAGACCUGAGUUUCUCUCUUUCGUUUGCUUGUGUAUCAAGAAAGAAAUUGAGAGAAGAGAAAGGAUAGGAAUUAAUGGAAAUGGAGGGAAGAGGAUAUUCAGAUUUGUGUAGAAAUACAAGCGAAGAAGAAUUGUUCAUAAGAAAUAUGAUGGAGAACUCAGUAGGAGUGCCUGCGCCUACAAUGGAGAUGUUGGGUUUUAGAAACAUCUCUCAUUCCCUUCGCACUGAUAGUGAGGAACUCUUCAAAAUCUGGCUCACCACUGCAGAGAAUAAUGGCAGUGAUUCUACAACGAUGGCUCACCGAGCUCGACAAGGAUCACGAAGGAUCUCAGGUGAACUUGCUGGUCUAUCAAAUCAGCAGUAUGCGGGAAUUCAGAAAAGAAAAGUGACUGACUCUCUGCAGCCACAUAAUGCAUCUAGUGCCAAUGAAUCAUCUAGCAGCCUUAACCAACAUUCAAGCAGGAAUAUCACAGAUACGGAAAUGCAAGCUAGUAAUCUCUUUUUAGCCAAGACUUGGUUUCAUAGUUCUCAGCCCAUGACGAGAAGUCGCUCGUCUGAGUUAAGGAGGAGGUAUGCAGCCAUGCAAAACUCGCAGUCUUCUCUAGCUCGUGAAUCCCUGCAUAAUAUACCUGGAAAUGCUGUUAACUUUAAAGAAGUUUGUGAUCCCACCGUGUUCACUGACAUGUCAAUGUGUGAACUUACCAGUCAACCCGAUACUUUUAUAUCUCCAUCAAAUUCAUCCUCAUCUACUUUUGAAACUCAGCAAGUGGAUGGUGCAGAUAAUAUUUCAUCUGUCGUAAGCAUGCUAAAGGGUACUUUAGAGCGGAAGAAAUUAACAAACUUUCACACUGCUAGGGAAGCCAUUGAGGAGAAUAUGCUAGGGUGUUAUGGUAAUCAAGACAACUUUGGCAUGAAUCAACAUCCAGGGAAUCAUAUUUCUGAAAAUCAAGGGACGUAUCAGGAUGCAUCCAUUGUUCAAGUCAGAGAUACAGGGAUUCUACAAAUGGUUCAGGGGUCGUUAGAUGUCGUCUUAGAAGGUAUUAUGGCUCCCUCAAAGUCAAACCCAAUCCAGAUGUGCGUGGUGUCACAGGAACCUUCCCAAAGUGAAUCCUCUGUUGCUGCGCCAAUAAUUUCAACCGGUUUUGAUGCAUGUGAUGGUCUAAGCAAUGCAAGUCAUGCUUUAAAUGUGUACGAAGGCUCUAGAAAUCAAGUUGGAUAUGCAAGGAGCUUAGAAAAUGGUUCAACUGCCAGAGAUCUUAGAGAACGAAUAUAUGAUAACGUGAAGGACAACCAGAAGACACCGCAGAAAGAAGGUUUAGUUCGAAAUGGAUCUUUGACAUCGGUUCAGUCAGCGGAAAAUGGAGAUCCUACAAAGAAGCGAAGGGUGGAGCGGUCUCGGAAAAUGGCAGAAGCCAAAGAGAGAAAUUUAACACCAGCAAUUCCUUCAGAUAUGCAAUCCCUUUUGAAGCGCUGUGAGAAUCUGGAGAAGGAAGUCCGUUCACUUAAACUUAAUUUGGCGUUUAUGAAUAGAAAGGAUUCUGAACAGACUACGCAAAUUGAAGAGCUGCAGAAGCAGAACGAGGACUUGGUCAAAGAAAAAGAGCGCCUUCUUGGAGAAAUUGAGAGGAUCAUUUCAGAAUCUGGAAAGUUUUAGAUUAGAUUCUUCCACCUCUACUGCCAAGGUUACGAGUGUUGUUUUUUAACAGCUCCAAUUCCAAAUGUGCUUUCUAAGGAAGUUCUAUCGGGUUGCUGGAGACCGUUAUUCAACUGAAUAUUAUUUCAUGUUUUUAGUUUGUAUUCCAAAUAUCAAGUGGUAAGAACAUUUAAAGUGACAGAAAUCUAGAUUGCGAUGAACUUGAACAUUUUGUGAGUACAUUGUAGGACGCCUAUCUAUUGUGGAGCUUUAAAAUGUUUUCUUUAUUUCCUUCUUUUCUGCUACUGUAUCUUUUGAAAAUUGAAUUUUCUAUCAGUAUUUCAUGUUC